AUGGUGGCCACCUGCCUGCACCUGGCUGGAUUUGUCUGCAGUUUCAUAGGGUGGAUCGGGGUGGUGGUGGCGACCGCCACCAACGACUGGGUGGUGACGUGUGGCUACACCAUUACCACCUGCAGGAAAAUGGACGAGCUGGGGUCCAAGGGGCUGUGGGCAGACUGCGUCAUGGCGACAGGCCUCUAUCACUGCAAGCCCCUCGUGGACAUCCUCAUCUUGCCAGGGUACGUCCAAGCGUGUCGAGCACUGAUGAUCGCCGCCUCCGUCCUGGGCCUUCCUGCCAUCUUCCUGCUGAUAACGGUCUUGCCCUGCAUCCGCAUGGGCCACGAGCCCGGAGCCGCCAAGUACCGCCGCUCCCAGCUGGGAGGAAUCCUCAUCAUCCUCCUGGCCAUGUGCGGCGUCGUGGCCACCAUCUGGUUCCCCGUCUGCGCCCACCGCGAGACCACCAUCAUGAGCUUCGGCUACUCGCUGUACACGGGCUGGAUCGGCUCUGCCCUCUGCCUCUUCGGUGGCUGCGUCAUCGUCUGCUGCUCGGGGGACGCCCAGACCUUCGGCGAAAACCGCUUCUACUACGCCUCGGGCUCCAGCUCCCCGACCCACGCUAAGAGCGCCCACGUGUGAGGGUCCCCGGCACCUCCACGGCCGCCGCCGGGCGCGUUGGCUGCUGGCACUGCGUGCACUGCGCUCGCUUCUCCUGGCAGGCGCCGCUGCCAGGCCCCCGGGGGAAGACCUUAGAAAAGCAGCCCCACUGCCCGGUGGUGCCAAGUGUUCCCGUCCCCACCUGCGUUGUCCCAACCCUUCUCUAGAAAGGACACCCCGGCCAACCCAACCCCUCCCUCCUGCCUGUUUCGUCCUCACCACAUGCCCCAUCUUCCUGCAGCCGGGAUGGUUUGGGGUCUUCAGGUGGGGUUUAGGGGCUUUAUUUUACUGCCUAGCUCACCUGGUUAUAGGAGAGUUUAAAGCAACAAAACAGACACGAGAGAGACCCUUCCCUGCUGUUGAGAGGCCUCCAGCAGCUCUUUGCUUUCCCCCUUUCAAGGUCACUGCUUUGGCAAGGUUCGGGUGGGAGGGCAGGGAGGAAGGCUGCAUCCCUCCAGCCAGGCAAAUGUUUCUCUUUCGGAAGAGUAGGGAAGUUUUUCUGCCUUUCUCUGUAAAUACUUUUGUACGGAUUUGAUCAUUUUAGUAACAGUAUUUCCUGCACUCCCCCGGUCAUCAGUAUGAAGGAAGCAGAACCCAAAGUCCUAACCACAUGGUAAAUAACAGUGCCUCUGUACAUAGUUUCAAAUGACUUUGAGGGCUCUAAUCUCUGCAUUCUCAUUCUUUUCUUUUCUUUUCUUUUCUUUUCUUUUUUUUCCUUCUCUUUUUUUUUCUUUCCUUUGUACAGAUCUGUUACUAAAAAAAGUAUUUUUACAUUUAAAAAAAAUCUUUGCUUUUGUCCCACAAGUUUGUGUUCUGUCUUGCAUCAUUAAAUAGCACGUUUUUAACUCAACGUAAUGCACCUGUUACAGCACAAUUCUGGUGAGUACUGAUGAUGCCUUUGUACUUUAAGUGAAAUACUGUACAAUAAAUAACAGAGUAUCUGCAAA